AUGAUCACAAAGUUCUACCAGCAUGUCCUUUCUUUGGUCUUUGGUGUAAAAGAGAUCAAUGAGAACCCACAAAUCUUGCCCAAUGUUACCCUUGGCUUCCACAUCUGUGACAGCUACUACAGUGCCAGAAUGACCUAUCGGACCACUUUGGACUUACUUUUCAAAUCAAAUAGAUUCCUUCCAAACUAUAAAUGUGGCUCUUCUAAAAAUCUCAUAGCCAUCCUUGGAGGACUUGAGUCUGAUACUUCAUCCCAUAUAGCAGACAUCAUCGAAUUCUACAAGAUACCUCAGCUCCAUCCAUUUCUUCAAGGCCUAUCUUUUAACAACUCAGCUGACGAGAGAAUUUUUUUUAAUGACAAAAGGCAAGUAACAGGAGGAUUUGACAUCAUCAACAUGGUCACUUUUGCAAACAAAUCAUUCAAGAAAGUGAAAGUUGGAAGAUUAGAUCCCAAUGCUCCAGAAGGAGACCAAUUGACUAUUAAUAAAGAUCGAAUUGAAUGGCACAAAAGCUUUAACCAGGCUCUUCCCAUUUCUCUUUGUAAUGAGUAUUGCCACCCAGGAUACUGGAAGAGACGAAUGGAAGGGGAAACAUUCUGCUGCUAUGAUUGUGUUCCAUGUCCAGAAGGAAAGAUUUCAGACAAGAUGGAGAUGGAAGAUUGUUUCAAAUGUCCUAAAAAUCAGUAUCCAAACAAGGAGCAAGAUAGAUGCCUGAACAAAACAACCAGUUUCCUCUCCUUUGAAGAAACCUUAGGGAUUUCUUUGGCAUCAGUUGCUGUUGCUUUUGCUGCAAUAACAGCCUGGAUUCUCGGAACUUUUAUGAAGUACAAAGAUACUCCCAUAGUUAAAGCCAACAAUCGGGACCUCACUUAUGUUCUCCUCGUGGCACUUAUGCUCUGCUUUCUUUCAUCCUUGCUAUUUCUUGGUCAACCAGGGAAAAUCACCUGUUGUCUUCGGCAACCAACUUUUGUCAUUGUCUUUUCAGUGGCUGUUUCUUGUAUUUUGGCCAAAACCCUCACUGUGGUUAUGGCUUUCAUGGCCACUAAGCCAGGCUCCAAGAUGAGGAAAUGGAUAGGAAAAAGAUUGGCCCUUUUUAUUGUUCUUUCCUGCUCUCUUUUCCAAGCCAACAUCUGUAUUACAUGGUUGACAAACUUUCCUCCAUUCCCUGAGUUAGACAUGCAUUCUGUUAUGGAAACCAUGAUUUUGCAAUGCAAUGAAGGUUUCAUUGUCAUGUUUUAUUGUGUCCUGGGCUAUUUAGGCUUCUUGGCUACUGCCAGCUUUGUUGUGGCAUUCCUUGCCCGUAAUUUACCUGACAGCUUUAAUGAAGCCAAAUUUAUUACUUUCAGUAUGUUGGCUUUUUGCAGUGUGUGGGUGUCCUUUGUGGCAACCUACCAGAGCACUAGAGGGAAAGCCAUGGUGGCUGUGGAGAUCUUCUCCAUCUUGUCCUCCAGUGCUGCCUUAUUGGGAUGUAUCUUCUUCCCAAAGUGCUUCAUCAUUGUGCUGAGGCCAGAAUUGAACCACAGAGAGCAAUUAAUAAUAAGAAAUUAA